AUGCUCAAGAAAUUGCUUCAAUUACAAUCGACACACGAUCUAAAAUUGGACUUAAGCUCUGAAUUUUUAACCAAAUAUCACAACUCCAACAAUGAAUUCGUAGAGACUACAAUGAAUGAAAUGAAAAGUAAUGUAGAGCAUCUGAAGAGCUCAGAAUCUUCCGUGACAGCAUCUUUAUUUUGGUUGAGCGUUUUUCACUGGGAAGUACUGCUAAAAACCUUCAAUAAUGGCUCAGAAAAGGAUUACUUUUUACAUUGCGAGCAUUGUCAAAUGAGUCACUAUUUGAAGAAGGCGAUUCGUGGACGUUUAUUAACCACUGAGGAGCCAUUGAAUCCUGCAGCCAUGCAUCGAUGGUGGUGUCCCUGCGUACAUCACAACAAACUCUUAACAGAUUAUGAGCAGAUUAAUGAGGAUGAAGAAAGCAAGUUUUAUUCUAAAAGUCUCAUAAAACGACAACUGAAUGAGCUCCCUGGAUGGAGUCAAAUGUUGGACUCUCUUAAGCAAGACAGCAAAAUCUCGAAUCAACACGCUGGGAUUGGUUUGGCUCUACUAAAUCAUGAACAUUUGCCCAAUGAAUAUGAUGCCUCUCUUCUAGUGAAGAACAUUUUACAAAACUCACUGAGCUCAAUAUUCGUCUCUGAGAAUGAACGGAGGCAAUGGUUGAGGAAGCAAUAUGAAAACCCCAAUGAAACGAGGGAAGGCAAGGUAGCUGUUCUCGCAUCUAAGCAAGAUGCAAAUGAUUUGCAACCAUCUCUCGAAACAGUAGUUCCUCGCGUGGAACAUCCAACAGCUCCAGAAGCAACCAGCUCCACUAGUGGCAGCAAUAAGGAAGAUUCUGAACCUUCCCCAACAACGAUGACUACAGUCAGUCCUGUACAAACGCCAACAACUGUAGAGGCCCCAACAACAGAUCAACCACCACAUGUACAUACCAGCAGUGACGUCACACGAUCAACUUCCCAUGAAAGCCUCGUAAUCAAAGAUCCAAUGUCGUUUUCAAUUAAUUUGGCACCGCGUACUCCAACCACACAAUUGGAAUCUUCCUUCAUCAGUCCUUUCUCUACAACCACAAAUUAUCAAGAAAUGGGAACUGCGUCUCUAACACGGGCGGAUAAGGAAGGUAUUCAAUCGCCAUUAUCAGGUCCUCAUGCAACUGGAAUUUACUUCUCCAACAACAGCAACUUCUUCACUGCCCAGACACUCGAAGAACCCUAUACUUUGUCGCCUCCCAUGGUUGCAACCUCUCCAGCACUUGAUUUGUCAACCAAUGAUUCAGAAAUCACAAAUCAUCAAACAUUCACAGCAGACGACAUGUUGGAAACUAGAGAAACAAUGAUUGAAGAAGAUCAACAACUACCAAUGCAUGAGACAACUGCGGAAGCAUCCUCUGGUUUAUUAACACCAGUUAAGGCCGAUACUUUUAUUCAACUAGAGCCCUCCACAUCCCAUACAACACCCUCCAUUGCAUCCGUGUCUUCGCCUGUUCCAUCUAAUACCCUGGCAGUGACCACACCAACGUCAACCACAGCGAGAAAGGCUGAGAUUUCAACUACAACUCCCUCAAAACCUCCAUCCAGUAUUUCCUCCUCGUCGAAAACCACUAGUAGUAGUAGCAGCAGUAGUAGUAACACAACACCAAACAAAUUGACAAGCACUCCAAAAGAUUCAUCUCACAGCAGUGGUUCCACCUCAACGCCAAACAAAUCAAGAAAACAGCAAUCAACUCGACAAAGUUCAAAUAAGAAGCAAUCAACGCCCAAUUCAGACAAUACUGCGACAUUGUCAAAUACGCCAUCUUCCAAACAAUUUCGACAAUCUGGCAGCAACAAACAAGGCAACAACAAGAGCAUAAUUAUGGGACCAACAUUGUUGCCUCCUGCACAAUAUUCACAACGACAAAAGCAUCAUCAACAGAAAGCACCUUCCACAAUAAUCAUUUCUAACGACUUUCACAACAUGAUUAUACCAUCUCAGACUCGUCAAGAACAUCAUUCGCAGUCACCUUCCAGUAAGGAACCUGUCGUGCUCACCAACAGUAAAGCCAUUGAAUUGUUAUUUGGCAAUACUAACAGUGGCAGCAAUCAACACGUUCAGGGAUCCAUUCCUCCAUCUCUUCCUCUCUCUCAACAACAUUUGACAAAAGGAACAAAUCAUCAAUUGUCUCAUCAUCAUGAACCAAGUACAGCAAAACAUUCUCUUGCGCUCAUUGACGGUGUGAACAGCAGCAAUCUUGGUGGUUCACAACAUGCACCACUUGUUGAACAUCAUCAUCAACAUGCUACAACCACUUAUUCUGCAUCUUCGACACCAUUGCCUGCUACGAGUAGUGUAUUAUUGGAUUCACAGGACAACACUACUUUGCAUCAUGAUGGAUCACAACAACAGAUCGCUCACACAAUAUCCACGAGUUACAAAUAUGGCAAUUUUAGAGACCGUCCCAAUGAUUUUUAUCCUCCUCCUUCCAAUGAAUUACAUUCUCACUAUGGCUCUACCAUGUCUUCACUCAAAACUACGAGUAUUCACAACAACUAUGUAACAAGUACUACGACGAAUAGUAGUGGUCAUAGCCAUUCAAACAACAACUCUCCAUCGAGUCAACGUACCAAUCCUUUUCAUCAACAGGAAAAACAUCAACGAAAUCCUCUCGCAUCAAAUCCUCCUCCCUAUCAUUUUCACACACAUGCGUCCACUCAACAAGGUUCUGGAGGCUCAGAUGCACAAUUAGGAUGGAGAGUGGGUGGUUCAGUGACUGGUUUUGGAGGUGGAGGAGUACAGAGAGCCUCUCCAACCACCAACUCCAUGAUGAUGAUGCAGGGUACUUCAACAACAGCAAAUGCAGGAACAAUCUAUGGUGUGGACGAUGAGAGAAUGCAUUAUGAAAAACAUUUGAGAGAGAAGGAACGAGAGGAGAGCAUGCAGAUGCAUCAUCAACAGUAUGACUCGAAUCGAGAACAUCAUCCUUCUUCUCAUGCUCGUCAUUAUCACGAUGGGUUCAUGUUAUCCAAGAUGGAAUCUUCUAAAUAUCUGAAUUUAUCAAAUAUGGAAGGUCAUACUUUCGAUGGCAAUUUAGCUCAACAUUCAGCAUCAUCCUAUCAUCCUACUGAAUGCUAUUACCAGAUGAAUCAUCACGAGUAUAGUAGAAAUAUGCCAUCGAGCUCCUCUGUUGCUGCAAGUACUUUGCAUCAUCAUCAAGAACCACAUUAUUAUGAUCAUUACGCUCCAAAUCAUGCAUUACAACCUUCUUUGAAAAAGACAAAAAUCAUGUCUCAUCAAGAACGAAAAGAAUUCAUGCAUGAUGACCAUCAUCUUCAACACGAGCACAUUUUGGUGAAACAAAUCAUGAAGAACAUGUAG